CGCCACUUGCGUGACGCAGUGAGGCUAACACUUCCUGUUAGCUACAUAGACAGAACGUUACCCAACUUGCUGUCAUUUUUGUCUUGGGGGAGUUUGUACAGGACUUUGCAUUUUUAAAGGCGGAUCACUUUUUUACUAGGAUAUGGAUGACUUUUCUCUUGCUGAUGCCAUAGCGGACGAUGUCCCUGGCAAAGCUCCCAAAAUUGGGAACACCAACCCUGCUCCUCCUGCCACUAACCCCGGCUGGCCUGGAGCAGCCCCUGGAGCUCCUGGCUUUCCCCCUUCCUCCAGUCCAGCCCAGCCUUCUGGUCCAGGGGCACCUGGCCCUUACCCCGGAGGUCCUGCUGGUCCUGGACAGUUCCCAUCAGGCCCUGGGGCACCUGGGCAAUAUCCUGGUGCACCUUCUGCUCCUGGGGGGUUUCCUUCUGCUCCGGGAGUCCCUGGGCCCUUUCCCCCAGGGCAGGGAGCCCCUGGGCAGUUUCCAGGAGGACCUGGAGCACCGGGACAGUUUCCAGGGGGACCUGGAGCCCCAGGGCAGUUUCCAGGGGGACCUGGAGCCCCAGGGCAGUUUCCAGGGGGACCUGGAGCCCCCGGGCAGUUUCCAGGGGGACCUGGAGCCCCCGGGCAGUUUCCAGGGGGACCUGGAGCCCCCGGGCAGUUUCCAGGGGGACCUGGAGGCCCUGGUCAGUUUCCCUCUGCACCAGGACCGUAUCCUCCUGGAGGAGGUGCCCCCCAACCCUUCCCAUCUGGAGUCCCUGGACAGUUUCCCUCUGGUCCCAAUGCUCCACCAGGACAGUACCCUAACAUGCCAUACCCUGGGGGACAGCCUGCCCCAGGCCCCUAUGGACCAGGAGCUCCCGGUGCCUUUCCUCCUCCCUCAAACUCCGGCAGCUAUUCAGGGUUCCCCGGUGGAGGCUACCCCCCAAUCCCCUCUGGUGGCUGGGGGCCACCCGCCGGUGGCGCCUUCCCCGGUCAGCCCGGCCAGCCAGGCUCCUUCGGCAUGAAUCCCAUGGGACCGUACCCCAACCCGCCAUUUGGGGGACCCGCCGCUCCCGGAGGUUCACUGCCAGUGCCAUAUGACCUUCCCUUACAUUCUGGGAUGAUGCCAGGGCUCCUGAUUACCAUUGUGGGUGAACCCACUCCAGGAGCAGACAGGUUUGAAGUUGAUUUGAUUAAAGGCCCAGAUGUCGUUUUCCACUUGAACCCUCGCUUCCACGAGCAGGCCAUCAUCCGUAACUCCUGCCUGGGGGGAUGCUGGGGUCCUGAGGAGCGGGACGGAGGGUUCCCCUUCGUUUACGGGAACCGUUUUGAGCUCAAGAUCCUGGUCGAGGAAGACUUUUUUAAAGUAGCACUGAAUGAUGUCCAUCUCCUGGAAUACGAUUAUCGGGUUGGAGGGCUAGAACAGGUGAACCUGCUCCGUAUCAUGGGUGACAUCAUCCUCUACAGUGUGGCCCCCACCAUGGUCACUAACCAAUAGCCAGAGAGCCUAACUCCCCUUGAUGCUACGGUCACCCACCUACUCCUCCCCUGGACUCAACAGAGCACUCGACGUACAAACACUGCAUAGCUUCCACCACAACGGUGUUCUCUGGGUUCCCAGCUUUAGAUUAUGUGUCAUAUGACCUUCAAAUGCUGCAUGUGUCAUAUGGCAAUCAGAGGGUUGGGGGGAGGGCAUAAGAAAUCCAUUCAUUAUGUUCAUAUCCGACUGCAUGAAAAUAGCAGUGGAAAAUAUACAUUGUCCACUGCGUUUGUUUUUUUUCUCCCUUUCUGUCAGUGUGCUGUGCCCUACUUUCACUUAUCAAAUAGUACAUUUACACUGUCUAGCAUAUUCCUUAGCAUAUGACAGAUGUGUAACGUAGCAAAACAGAUAAUGGGGUCUCAUUUCAGUAUACCGGACAGGAUACGACUGGAAAAACCACAGAAUACUGUUUUAUUUUUUGUUGCUGUAUGACUGAAACAUGACUUGACAUAACCAGGCACCAGGAACUUGGGUCAGAUGGGCUUCUCUCUACUUGCAGUGUGUAAUACUGUCACCACCCCCUGCACCCACGGAGUCUUGUUAUCUGUGAGACUGAUUGCCCUCUGACCCAGAAAAUCUAAUGCUGUAGCUUUCUUGAUCCAUAAAUGGCUGCAAUUGUUUCUCAGUGGUGUAUAACAAUAUCAGAAGCCUAGAUAAAGGUGUGGGUUGUUGAUGACACCCCUAACCCCCCACCCCCCAUCGGGGAUGCAAAUGGGAGCUCUUGUGCUUUUAUUUAGCAUGAAAUGGGUAUCAUACUAAUAUGGAUAUAUUAAUUAAUACAUACUAAUAUUGAAGAGUGGAGUAAUUAUGUUGAUCUCCAUCUGGAGUCAGUGUAAUGCCCUUUUUUCAAAGAUAAUAAAAAACUGAAGAGUU